AAUGUUCGUGGUUCGAAAGUCCAUAAAUCGUUACGGAAUAUAGCUUAGAUUAUUAGCGGGAAAUUUGAUGCUGCUAAUUGGUAUUAGUUUAUUGGAUAGAAGAUUACUGAUAAUGGCUAAAAGGAAAGUAGCUGAAUCUGCAACUAAAGUAGAUAAAGGUAAAGCAAAGAAAUCAAAGAAGGAAGAAGCAUCAGGGUCAUCAGUUGAAAAGAAAACAGGAAAGAGCAGCUCUAAAUCAUCUGUGAAACAAACUUCAACUGUAAAACAGAGUAAAGCUACACCCAAAUCUUACCCUAAACUCAUUGAUGAUACAGACAAUAAUGAGACAGAUGAGUUGAAGUUUACAGAACCAUUACCAAAGAGGAACGCAAAAGGUCAGUUGGUGUUUCAUGACCACCCUGAGUUGAGACCAAACAUGACACCACAGGAAGUGCUCCAGACUGGCAGUUUUGGAGGGACAUAUUUUAGACCAAUCAAGUCCUCUGUUACAGGGAAGAGUUAUUCCAACGUCUGGAAAGAACUCCCAAAAGAUUGGCUUGAAGGAUUGAACAUAGGAAAACAGGUGUCCAGCUCCAAAUAUGAUGAGAAAGUGAAUACAUAUGGUGUAAAAUGUGGAGGUAGUUUAGAAAUGUGGGAGGAGAGUGGCUGGAUUCAUAAACAAGAUCCAUAUGGCUGGUUCAUGUGGUAUUGUAGAUUUUAUCAGGGUAGGAGGACUGGUGAUGAUGAACGACAGAUUGGACGUUGGUUACGAUGUGCUGGUGAUACUGGUAGAUGGCGUAACAAUCUCAUCUCUAAAUGUGUAAAAAGUGGCUGUGCCUUUGACAACCCUGGUGUAUCUCCAGUCGUCCGUCAGACACUGCAACACUGGGGAUAUAAACUGAACCAGGAAGAUUUUGAUGCUUACAAGAAGAAGAUGGUGAAAAAACGGCUUGCUUGAGCAUGUCUUAUUUACAAUUUACUACUAUAUCUGUGAAAUAAAGAGAUUGCACUAUUAUUACAAUGACAGUCACAUAAGUUGUUAUUAUUUUCAAGCAUAUUAUUCUAGCUUUCAUUUUGUAAAUGAGAUGUUGAUUUAUUUUUACACAAUAAGUAUUUGUAACAAAACAUUCUUUCUUACCCAGACAGUCAGUGACUAGUAUUAGUAGUAAUGUCUUACCUAGUAUUUUAUACAAACUUGUGUGAAAUUAUUUGUAGAAAAUAAUUUUGAUUACAUCAUCCAUUUAUUUGUGUACUCAUGAUUCAUACUCUCAGAGAAAAGCAGUUCUACAAAGUCAGAAAUUCAUAGAACAGAAUUUUUGUUAUUUUGCAUGUAUGUAUAGCUGACAAAUGAAACUCGUAGCAUAAUUAUAUUUUACUUUGACUGUUUAUGUUUGUAAUUCUUUUAUACAUGUAUAUUGUAGAAAAAUUGUUUUAAUCCUUGCACUUUAACUGUUUUAUUCACAGAAUAUCAUAUUUAGUGAUUGUAUUUUUCUCAGGGAAUACCUUUUAAUAUUUGUGUUUUUAUGUUUUGAUAUAGAUGCUCUUGUUUUAAAAUAAUAAUAUGUUGAGGGAACAUUUUAAAAUGAUUUUGAUAUAGAUUUACUGAGAUCCUUUGUAUAAUAACUUCUUUGCUAAAGUUUUAACAUUAUUACUAUUAGUUGGUAAAUAAAAGAUUAAUUGAACAUUUGGCAAACUGCAUUGUUGCUUUUUGUUUCAAGUGUCUUUUUUUAAAGGUUCAAAAAUCUCUUUGAUUUGUUCUCAUAUAAGAUAUGUUUAUAUAUUGAUUAUUCUAUUUUUAACUUGUACAAUGUCAGUACAGACAUCAUCAGGUCAUUUAGACAUUCAGAAGUAUCAUCCUUGAAUUUGUUUUUAAUUGACAGAAGUUUGCUUAGUGUUUAAUAUAUAUUGACUCAAUUGUUAAAGUAGAAACUUUCCUAUUUCUAAGAAUGGUGUAAAAAAAUAGGUGACUUUACGGUUUGUAUUUUCAUGCUACAGAAAAUGUAAUUGCCUGCUGCAGAUGUAGAUUACUACUCACCAAUCUUGUAACAGCAUAUUUGAUGAAUAAUUAUAUGCAAAAAUAUUGUAUUUUUCUUAUGCAGUAUUUUAUUAAAACAUCACUAACAAAAAGAAAUAAAUGUUGCAACAUAAAAA